GACCCGUCUGGCUGAAGAUUCAGUGUUGACAGUAUUUGCAAAGUGAAGUACGGUGUUGUGUUGGCUUGUGUUUCGAUUACUAUCGGCUCUCUAAUGUUUGUCUUAUUUAGCUGAUAACUUUGCCAUCUUUCACCAACAUGUCAGCCACAACCCAGCAGAAAAUAAUGGUAUUUCGUCCCACCUGGGAUGAAUUUAAAGAUUUUACCAAGUAUAUUGAAUAUAUUGAAAGUCAAGGUGCCCAUAAAAUUGGCCUGGCAAAAAUAAUCCCACCUCCCGAGUAUGUGCCCCGAAAGGCUGGCUAUGAUGUCAAAGACAUUGACAUUAUCAUACCAGCACCCAUCUGCCAGGUUGUCACUGGAAAACAAGGAAUUUACCAACAGAUCAACAUACAGAAGAAAGCCAUGACUGUUCAGGAGUUCAAAAAACUGGCUGAAAGUGAUCGGUACAAGCCCCCAAAACAUGAUGACCAUGAAGAUCUGGAGAGAAAAUAUUGGAAGAAUGUUACCUAUGUGUCACCCAUCUAUGGGGCUGAUGUAUCUGGGACCAUAACAGACCCAGAUUUGAAGGUAUGGAACAUAAACUGUCUUGGUACAAUUUUGGACUAUGUGAAUGAAGACUAUGGCAUCAGCAUUGAAGGUGUCAACACAGCCUAUCUCUAUUUUGGCAUGUGGAAGACAACAUUUGCAUGGCACACCGAGGAUAUGGAUUUGUAUAGUAUCAAUUAUCUGCACUUCGGGGCUCCCAAGACAUGGUAUGUUAUUCCUCCUGAACACGGGCGCCGGUUGGAGAGACUAGCUAAUGGCUAUUUCCCUAGCAGCUUCAAGGCCUGCCCUGCCUACCUUCGUCAUAAGAUGAGCCUCAUAUCACCUCAGAUCCUCAAACAGUACAGCAUUCCCUUUAAUAAGAUCACACAAGAGGCAGGAGAGAUCAUGAUCACGUUCCCGUACGGCUACCACGCGGGUUUCAACCAUGGAUUCAACUGUGCUGAGUCUACAAAUUUUGCCAUGCCUCGCUGGGUAGAGUACGGCAAGCACGCUACACAAUGCCAGUGUCGGAGCGACAUGGUGAAAAUCAGCAUGGACACGUUCGUGAAGCGUUUCCAGCCCGACCGUUAUGACCUGUGGAUAGCUGGCAAAGACGUCGCCCAGUGUCCUCAAGACCCGACACGCUCCUCGGUGGCCGUGCAGCCUUCCAUAUCUGAUAUUUUAUGCAACAAAAACAACUCUCUGGACCCCCCUGAGCUGGAGCAGCUGCUCAACUCGUCAGGAUCGUCAGGCUGUAAGAAGUUGAAGCGCCACCCUGUGCACCAGAGCAAGCAGCUCGCGCCUGGUGACACAGCUGAGGAACUUCUGCUCACGGGUGAUGUGGCUGACGAGGAACUCACGCAGGUCCUUGAUGAUAUCUACGCCAAGGCGGGCGAGUCAUAUUCUGGCCGAACUCCCGAACCUGACCCUGACGAUAUGCCCAAAGUAUCCAAACGAAGCAUGUCUGGUGGCGGUAAUGCUGCUAAACGCAAGAGAAUGGCAGCUUCUGUUCGGUUGGCGACGUUGAAGCAGAGCCAGACUACAGUUGCUGUCCCGUCACCCAUGGUGAUGUCUGAAGCGGUCAAGCACCGGGUAAUUAACACCAAAAAUUUGGCAACAAUAAAGAAGUCCUUACCAGCGUCCAUUACUGUGCGGCGCAUCAAGCCAACUGUGGACCCAAAUGCUGAACUUCUCAAGCGUCUACAACAAUCAGGCACGACGAUCACUGCAGCCGUAUUGUCAAAGCCCUCAAACCCUCCUGCUAGAGGAGCAGGUCCGGCGAGCAAAGUAGGGCGAGGUGGCGUGAUCUUGCCUCCUCCUAGGGCUAGUCCCAUCGCUUCUACCAAUAAGCUUGUUGCCCACGCCAUUGCUUCGAACAGAGGAGGUAGAGGGGGAGGUGUGAUCGGUUCACACGGUGUGGUAAAGCUCUCAUCGUCAGUUGUGGUACAGUAUGCAUCUCCGCAUGGUGGUAACAUAGCGCGCGGAGGCCGAGGUGGAGCGAUCAGAGGUAACGUGAUUCCGCAGUACACGGCCAGUCCCCUCAUUAGCUCCUCUGCAAAGUCUGGUCUAGGCGUGAGGCCCAAUGGUAGUCGUGGUUACAACCACAACCAACGAGGUGGAAAUUUCAGUAUGGGACAAAAUGGCGCGAGGGGAUACAAUCAUGUCCAGCGAGGUGGACGCGGAAUGACUUUGAAUGGUAGGAAUGUUCCAAUGGUAAACCAGCUUUUCAAUGGUGUCACCUAUUCAGGUAACCGAGGACGACCUGCGUUUGGUCGUCCGCAGACCAUGUCGGCUCCUAUUGCGGUGCCCAUUGAGGAGAUUGAGGAGGAGGAUGAAGAUCUCAAUGCCAUCAAACAUUUGCUCGAACCUCAAAUUUUACUUGAUGAAGGACCUGCUAAAAGUUUCAAUCUCAAUGUCAAAAAUGGCAACGUCAGCAAAAAACAACAUUCUCCUCCUAAAGGCAAGGAGUGUAAUAGGAGUCCAGUCAAGCAAAGCAACGGGGGCAAAACGGAAGAGAUAGUUCUCGAUGACGCUGACGAGUCUAACGAGGUAAUCGUGCGCAAAACGGGCGAAAAUGUUGAAGAUGAUGGAUCAGAUGAUUCGAAAACAACACCAGACAAUGAUUCUGACAGUACUUUAACCAAGGAAUCUCCCAGAAAAAAUAUUUCUGAAGACCGAAAUAAAGACCUUACUACUGUCUCUGAUCAGUGUAAUGGUGCGAAAUCCAAUAUUAGUGACGAAAGUGAUAAAGAAAUAAUCAAUAAUAACAAUUGUGAUAACACGAAUACAAUCAGCCCUUCAGCUUCUGGUACCUGUCAGCCCUCGGGAAGUGUUACAUUACCAGCUCCAGUACAGGUGACAUCAUGCAAUCAGGAUACGGCCUGCACCUCGACCACAAGCGCGUCCGUCCUGAACAGUGAGCUCUUGCCUCCCAAUACUUGCGUAUACUCGGAACAGUCAAAUGUUUCUGGACACAUACAGUCCGUUAUGCAUAGUCCUGUUGGUGCACAGUCGCCAAUCAUGGCCUAUCAAUCAAACGGCGCUGUGACCGAGCAGCAGGCAGUAGGGCAUUAUGGCAGCCAGCUGCAUUCAGCUCAGCAUGAAUUAUCUGGUACGGUGACGUCACCUCUACAAGCCGCAACGGCUGUCACUUCGCCCUUCCAAGCCUCACAAACGAAUGGUGCGUCGCCCCUACAACUCGUCCAGACUGGAACAGGCUCUCCAAUGGCAAUGAUGCAUACAAACGUAGGCUCACCUGCACAAAGGCAUCACACUGGAGUUGGCUCGCCUGCUCAUCUGGUGCAGAACGCAUCAGGUUCGCCGGUACAGAUGAUGCAGAAUGGCACUCUUUCUCCAGCACAGAUGGCCAGAAGUGAUAUGGGUUCUCCGGCACUCGCGGUACAGUCUGGUACGCAUUCACCUUCCGUAUUAGCCAAUUGCACGAUGUCUCCCGGACACGUUACCACUCAUUCCUCACCGUUGCAAAGGGUGCAGCACAGCUCACAUUCUCCUCUGCAGUCCAGCAUGUCCCCACAGUACGUUAGCCAAGGACCUGCAUCUGGACAAUCCCCAGGCCAUUCAGCCCCGUUGUACCAGACUAGUGGGUCUGUGGGUCAUCUGGUGUCAACGCCUGCCCAGUCACCUGUAAUGCAGGCACCUCUAACCAAUGCUGCCAGCAUCAUGGCUGCAAAUGAGUCACUACAGCAUAUGGAACUACACGCAAUUGCCCAGCACAAUCAAAUGCAGUCAAACGCUAUGCCUCUUGCGCUCUCCUCUCACUCUGGCGUUCAUGCUUCACCAAAUACGCAAGACAAUGCGUCUGUGUCGGUGUCUAUGUCACUACCAUCAACUGAUCAAAUGUAUCAAUCAGUUGUGUCUAGCUGCCAAUCAUCACUCCUUCCGUCCAUGCCUCAAACCAGCACACACGCCCGACUGCUCGUUGAACAGCAGCUGUUGUACACACCAAGCGAUUCCAUGGCAAGUAUCGCUUCUCCUUUCGAGCAGAGCUAUGUCAACAGUAACUCCUUAGCAAACCUGCAGGUGGUCUCGUCAAAGCACUCCUCUCCAAGCCAAGUAGCCAGCGCUCUCUAUUCUUCUCCAAUGGGCAACCUCCUCCAGUCAUCAGGUGUUGCUGACACGGCUGUCGCGGCGCAUGCUGCAACCUAUGCAAAAAAAUCAUCGAGCAGCUGUUCUUCUCAAAGAAAAUCUUCGUAUAAGAGCUCCGCCUCUUCACACAAUACCGACCCAAGCCUGCUACUGGCAUCGCUCCCUCUGCCAGCACAUAUGGACACAUCAAGUUUGAUGGGCCACAGCUCAGCGUCUCACAUGGAGCAUUUGUCUCAUAUGUUGCCUCCACCAGCUCACAGGAUGUCAUCAGGUAUAAACAUGAUGACUCCUCACGCAGCGGCCUUGCAACAGGCUAGCGUAUAUUCGUCUAUGGCUCCUCUCCUCAACUCAUCCCUAAAUGUCGACCCGAGUAAUAUGGUGAGUCACCAUGCAAGUCUGUCCCACCUCAACGCCACCAGUAUGAAUCUCUCCCACCUGCUGCCACAUUCUGCCUCCACAUCCUCGCCUGCCAUGGCUCACCAUCACAAUCUCUCACAGAACUCCUUCCUCAACCCGAGAUGAGGAUCUUGGUUAGCGAGGCCCCUCAAUUCUGCAGGAAAUUUGUAAUUCAUAUACAAAGUUGCAUUGAUUAAAAUUCUUACUUCUUUCCAUGGAGCUUUCAUAAAAAUGAGAUUAGCUUAGAUACAAGUCUUGGGAGUUCAGAAUGGACACCGUUCCAAAUUCCUUACGCAGUUAACACUCAUUUAUUCAGUGUUGAAGGAAUGAUCUCUCGUCAAUAGCCAGUAAAUUUUAGGUUUAAUACUGUUUACGUUUCAAACUAGAGUCUUGUAAUGCAAAACAAAAUUAGUCAGUUUACCGUGACUUGGCACGAACAAGUCACAAUGUCGGUCUGCAAGUCAAAUACUGACACCCUUGGUAAAUCGCACUUAGUCGGGGAUUACUUCUACUGCGAUUGAUUUAUACUACGUGCCAUAAAUGAUGGUUCGGACUAUGUUAACUAAACAUGUACCAAGUGAAUGUUCUUUUUGACAAUUUUGAAUCACUAUGUCUUGAUUGAGCUAUGCUUUGUGUUGCAUUUUUGUUUAGUUCGUAACUCAAUGAACAGUUUGUUGAAAUAGCUCAUUCUUAAUGUUUGACAUCAUGCGUUUCUGUGUUUUUUAUUAUUACCUGUCUAUUUUGAGGUUAGGCUAAUAGUUUCCUGGGGUGUAAGAGACGUCAUGUUUUAAUCCUGAUACUUCCUUUGAUGACUUGGGUUUUAUGACCUUCGCUUCGUACGCGUUUUGAGCCUAUUAAUACUCUAGAAACUUGAAACGAGUUGGCUGAAAUCAACCUAACGCUAAAGUGCGUGAUGCGAGUCUUGUUGCCGGACGACUCACGCGGCGCUCAUUGAAAGUCAUUGUAUAGAUUUACGUUCAAGAUGUCUGCCACUAACCAGUUUCAUUGAAUAGUUGCGCUGACGGUGAUGUUAAUUGAAAGUUAUUUUUGUUUAUAUCUCGUUAGAAGAACAGGCAUUGGCACCUGUCUGCAGAAAUGUUACCGUUAUUCCAAUGAUAAUGAGUGACGAACUAAGUCAUUGUGCCCAUUCCCGCCUCCUGUAUUUUGUUUGAUGCUUCAGGAAUGCUCCCAAACUAAACUGGCACCACAUGUUGUCGAGGGAAUCGAUAUAUCCUUCUAUAUGAUCUGUGUAUUUUGAGGAAUCUCUUUGUAUUAACUAUAAACAUUGAGUAUGCUUAUUCGAAUGCUGAUCAAUCGAAAAUAAUGUUAUUUUAAAUGUCACCUAUUUAUAGAUUUUAUUCCUCGCGAUUUGUACGACUCUGCCUGCUGAACGAUUUGUUGGUGCAGUGAAUCCAGAUUUUUCUAGAUUGUAAUCCGGUCCGCCGUUCUCCUCUUUGUCAAAUGCCGAGUUCAGCUCAAGUUGAUACCGUUUGCUUUUAUGUGGAAUCGAAUGGUCCACGUUUUCAUAAAUCCUACUUUUAUUACCAUGUGCACAGUUUUGGCUCACUCCUAAGCUUCAACUAAGAGUUGCUCAUUUCAUGAGUCCAAAAUUUCUGGAACAAUUUUCACAGUUACUUAGCAUUUUUUGUUUCAUUAAUCUAAAUCUUGUUGGAGCCUUGAGCAUGGAUUGAUUGACAAUUUUCGGAUCAAGAUUUAUUCUUAUAAUUCAAACCUUUACAUUAACAUUUACAAACAGAUAGGUUUCGUCAUUUUGACUGUAUCGCGUCAAAUUCUCGGUGCCAGAUGUAUUGACAUUACCUUAUCCUGAUGCUUUAAACGAACUUACCGCCUCCAUUUGUGUGUUCGCUCAUGUCGGAGCUGGGGAUGAACUGGACUUCUUGACGAUAUCUCCGGCUUGUGAAACUAAGAAGGAAUUGUUCUUACCAACAUCAAUGUGCAUUUUGUUCUGCUGUCUAAUUAAAAUCCUCUACGUUGAGGUCGUGACGUGUUGAGUGAGAACUUAGAACCUCCUGGUUGAACUGCGCGUUAAUCGACAUUUCAUCAUGAAUCAUGACGUCGAGUUUAGGAUACCUAAUGAUAUUUACUUAACUGACUUCGGACGAUAAUUACGGCAGCUUUCGAAAGCAAGCCGUAUUUCCAGUUACAAUAUUUUAAAUAUUUCAGUUGAAUUUGUCUGUAUAACCUACGCUUCGAUUCCAGUAUUUAUUUAAAUUGUAAUGAUGAAUACGACUUGUCCGCAGUUCAAAACUAUCGUUACAAGCUUUUAUAUUGAUAUUUGUUCCAAGUUCUUUGUGGUAUCUCUGCCUAUUUCAAAUAAUAAUAUGAUUUUAAUUAAUACUUCGGGCUAAGUUGCCGAAGGUCGUUAAGCACAGAAAUUGCUUCUUUGGCCAGCGCCCUGGUUCAACUGACCAAAUUUCAUGGUGUCCUCUAAUGAUGUGGAUAGUUAACUGGCAACUAGAUUAGCUACUUGUACAUUAAUCGGCGUGUCCUUGUUAUUCGGCUACUUUGAAGCUAUCUGUAAUAUGUAUUGUAAAUUAUAUCCUUAUACUUGUCUAGAUUUAGGCUCUAGAAUUAUCACUCUGAUCUGCAUUGUGUACAGCUUCGUCUAUUUAUUAGUCAAAAUGACACGUGUUUGUAUAUUGCUCUAUGUGAACGUGAGUGUUGAGUUUUCUUCUCAUAUUAUUAGCGUCAGGGCAGGCACUAGUUCUCAAAAUUUCCUAACGCAAACGAAAAAAUAACUAUGAAUUAAUUGCUCUGGCUCUGCGCUAAAGUUCAUGGGAUCGCUGGAAAUGUUAUGACACGAUUCUUUCCAUGAAAUUGGUGCGCAUGUUGUCUUUGAAAAAAGUUUCGUUCAUGGCAGCAUCUUCUUACUUAUUUUGGUGACCGAGUACAGGUUUUGCGCGAUGUAAUUAUAUCCGAAAGCUGUAGAUUGGAGUUCCAGCGAAAAUGACCGCAAGGAACACUUUUAAAAACAUCCAAUAUGGAUACCUGAGAACCGUGUCGUGGGCGCGCUAGUCAUCUUAAGUGCGCAUUCUUCCUUCUCACUCUGCGAAAUUUUGAUCAACACCUAACAUAAACUGAUCAUCAUCGAGACAUACUAGUAAAAGAUAAAUGUUUAGCAUGAUGAAUGAGGCAUCGCUUUUUGUGUAUUCUUAUAACUACCCUAGAGUUGUAGACGACGACGCUCCUACUCGCUUGUAUGAACGUGUGUCCGCGACACCUAGGAUCAUCUGGCCGACGUACACGUUAAAUAAUCAAUAUAGCUAUUGUCGCUACCGAUAUCCUUUGUGUUCAUUAAUUUUAUUCACUAUUGUUAUUAGAUGCAGUAGAUGUGUUAAGUAUUAGUGUCGUGUCGUUUUAGCUUGUAGGAGUUGAGCCUUGGCCGCAUCGUCAUUAUAUGCAUAACUCGUCAAUUCCAGCGUUCAUUCAGUCUCUAAUCAUGUAACACUCCAAGUCUCAUCGUAUCCCAUCUCAUGUCUACAUUCAACGCUCGUAAAGUAAGAGCUUUGCUGGUGUCAAAGUUGUGUUGGCAUCCAACCCGUUGGCUCCCAACGACGACACUCGCGAUUCUCUGUGCAAUUUCUUUAUGGGCACCUUCUCUUACAAAUAAGAAUAGUUAACGACC